AUGACGGGGAAAGGGGAGUGGGCGGGGGGAAAGCGACAUGAGAUAGGAUGGGGGAGGAGGGGAGGAGCAGCUGACGGCGCUGUCGACUGUGGCGGGGAUGUUGAUGAUGGUGCCGCAGGUGACGGUGCUGAGGGGAGGGGCGCGAUGAAUGGGACAAGGGGCACCAAGAGGUUCUUCCAAUCUGGUGGAGCAGCUGCCAACGCCUUGAGAGCCAAGCGUGCUGACUCUUUCCCUCUCAGCUCCCUCUCCAGGAUUUCCAUGUCCUUAACCGCUGCUACGCCUGAGGAUGGAGAUUUUCUUCCUCUUCCUCCCUGCCACCGCUCUCCACCCCUCUCCCUCACAUCCCUGCCACCGCUCUCCACCCCUCUCCCUCCCAUCCCUGCCACCGCUCUCCACCCCUCUCCCUCCCAACCCUGCCACCGCUCUCCACCCCUGCCCUUUGCCCCUCCGCGCCUGCAGAUCCUAAAGAACGCCGCUCUGCUGCGCACCAACCAGGGCGCAGCGUUGGGCAUCCUGUCGUGGCUGGGCUUCGCCACGGGCUUCCUGGGCAACAUGCUGCUGCUCUCCUACUUCACCGCUAAGCGGGAGCUCUCAGCAUGCCUCGUGCAGGUAGUAGGAGCGGCAUCCACAGCCGUCCUGCUCUCGCAGGUCUACCUCGCGGGGUUCAUGCCCUCACCAGCCUUCACAGCAGUGGCGGCCUAUCUGCUGCUCGGCUGCGCUGUCAACUGCCUGCGCUUCACCCGCCGCCUGCCCCAGCCCCUGUGGGACACGUGGCAGGACGUGAUUGGCGUUCUUGGCCUUGCUGUGCUGCCACAGGUCAUCUGGUCCACAUUCUCCUCUGUCAGCACGAAGCUUCCAGGAACCGUCUCGGCGGUGGGCGGGUUACUGUUCAUAGCGGCCAUGCGGAGGGGGCUGGUGGGGCAGCGGUGGCGGGACAGGUGGCAGCUGCUGAGUGGCUGGACCGCCACGCUGCUCUUCAUGGUCAUGCCCGUCGCCCAGCUGCAGGUAUGCUUCACGCGGCCCGACCAGCUAGCGGGCAUGUCAGCGCUCUCCUCGCUGCUGGGCAUAGUGGGCAACGGCCUCAUGGUGCCGCGGGCGCUCUUCACACGCGACUUCAUCUGGUUUCUGGGUUGUUCCUGGGGCUGCAUUCUCAUGGGCUGGGGUGUUCUCCUCGCCAUGGCCCUCCACGGCUUCUACUCGCCUCGCCUCUUCAUGGCUGUCUCACUUGCGCUUAUCGGCUAUCUUGCUGCUGUCUUUAAGUUUGAUGCCGAUGCACAUUCACUCCUCAGUCACUCGAUCUACAACAAUCCCCUUCGCAAUCUCACUUUCAUCGGCGGUAACCCAGUAAACCAAGCUCUUCGCGAGCUCGACAACGACUCGCUCGGCGUUCCCGAGGUUGUCGUUGAAGAGUAUCCAGACGCGAUCAAAAUCGUCGCGACCGUUCCGGGCCUCGAGAAGAAGGACCUGCAGGUGCAGGUGCGGGGGAAGGAUGUUGUGACGAUCAGCGGCAAGCGGACCAGAGAGGAGAGGGACAACGACGACAGCAACCGCGUUGUCAAGGAGUUCAGCAGCUUCGAGCGCAGCUUCCGGCUGCCACGUGACGUGUCUACGAAACAGGUUACAGCAGCAGCGCGGAACGGCGUGCUCACGGUGACGGUUCCCAAAAGAACGUCUUGCAAACAAACGUCUGGUCGCAGGCUCGCGAAUCCAAACGCGAAGGGGAAAGCGAAGGAUGUUCAGAAGCAAGGCGGGCUGAGCGGCGAGCAACGAGUUAGCAAGAAGAGGAAAGUUAUUCACUUUGCCCCUGGGAGCUGA